AUGUUUUUCUUUCGCCGGGGAAAAAAAGACGAAUCGGACAAGGAGACCCUACGAAGCUACAAAGUCCAGGGGGCUAAAAAGGAGCCCGUGGUUAAAUUGAGGCCCAAAGACAAAACAGAAAAAAAUGCCAACAAGGAGAAAAAAAGCCCCCUCAAAUUUAAGGCCGCCGUACCCCCGAAAAAUAAGAAAAAGAAGAAAUCCGUUUUUAGCUUCUCGAGAUUCAAUUUUUUCGGAGGGUCCAAAAGAAAGAGGACUCCCAGAAAGACACAAAGGAGCCCCAAGAAGGAGGAGUCCCCACAGGGGACGGAUGUGAAGGGGAUCAUCAAAAAGUUCCAGGUGUCCAAGCCAGCAUCGCCGGACGCCGUGAAAGGAGCACCGAAGGGGAAAGCCAAUGUGCCUAGAAGAACCAGCGUCACAGAAGCUGACAUUAAAACGAGCGACCUUCAAACCGCGCCAAUCGAAAAUGAAGAACUGCUUGAAUUCCUAACGGAGGAGGAAAGAAAAUCGAUCGAGGUGGUUACCCUACUAGAUGGAUCUUCCAAAAGUGACAGCUUCGAGAAAAACAAAAAUGGCAACGAUGAUGACGCGGCCGAGAAGGAAGUCCCCGCAAAGGUGAAGUCUGCCCAUUCAGUUAAGAAACAAAAGAGUGAUAUAAAAAAACUGAGUCAGAAUAAAAACCUUCUAAUGAAAAAGUCGAACCUUUUGGAAGAGAGUCGUCAAGUGGAGAAGAAGAAAAGUUACCCCCCAAAAAACAAACAAGAUGAGAAGGACCUCGUUAUUACUGCAAAAGCAGAUGCAGACCCAGGAAAGGAAAUGCAAACAAAAAAAACCACCUUAAAGAAUAUCAUAAAAAUGCCACUCUCUUUUGCAUCUAGGAGUUUCAAAAGUGGCGUUCCAGCGACAAAGGAAUCAGCCAAAUUAGGGAUAGGGGGAAAUGAAAGACAGGAAGGGGUGGCCGCAGGGACGGAGGAAGGUGGACUCAAGUUGAAGGACAAUAAUGAUUCGAUCCACCUGCAAGGAGACCAGGAUAAGGGUGAUGUCUCCCCCGGCGAAGAGAUUGACGCCAAGUCGGAAGACACCAACAACAGCGGGAACAUGAGCUUUAAGAAUUUUAUUCCCAAUUUUAACCUAACCAGUAAAAAAAAUGCCGCGCUCAAAUCGAACAAAAAAAACGCCACUCCAAUGAUUAGCAGUAAGCUCAAAAUGAACAAACGAAAUAGCAGCAUAGGAAGCAGCAUAGGAAGCAGCAUAGGAAGCAGCAUUGGAGGAAGCAUUGGAGGCAACAUCGGAAGCAACAGCGGAAGCAACAGUGGAGGCAGCAUUGGAAGCACCUCCGACCAAGAGGAUACUCCAAAUGAUUCCAAAGCAGAAGAAACCCUUACGCGCCAGGACAUACGACAGAAGAAGAGUAAUCUUGUAAGACGUGCUAAACUCAUGGAGAAGAAUCUACAAAGGAGCAAAGAGGCGCCACAGAAAAUUGAGGCAAAGAAUAUACAGCGUAAAAUGACAAAGGACAUUGUUGAAGGGGGCGAUGUUCCCUUCAACCUACAACCGCCCCUUUUACUCACCGAAAAUUCCUUCGACAUAUGCCCAUUAUCACCUAUCGAGGACAUCAUAGAUGUUAUUCAUUCAAUUUACAAUAACUACAAAGAGGAAGCAAUUGCGAAGCUGAAAAUGUCCAAGGAAAACAACGAGAAGUGUUCCAGUAUGCUAAAGCUAAGCUUGGAUAAGCUAAACGGGCCCGAGGAUUCCGUCAUUGCUAAUUUGACCAAGAACAUGUCCCUGCAACGGGAUUAUUUGGUCGAAGUGAAUGAAGUUAUGAGGGCAGUUAGUGAAGAUUAA